CGGCCGCCCGCCCCCGCGCCCGAGGAUCCCACGGUGGAUUCGCAAAAAGGCGUCGCCUUUUUUGCGUGUCUUGUUGGGCGCAGCAGCGGCACGCGCGAUGACGGAGAUGGAGAACCCCGCGUCCGGGUGCACGCACACGCCGACAGCUUCGCUAAUGGCUGCCUCCCUCCCUCCACGCCGCAGUCAUUGCCUCUGCCUCCGCCUCAAUUUUAAUGAAAGCGGGCGAUGAUAUCUUCUCGGCUUCGGAGGCUCUCUCAUCAUUAGGGCGGACGAGAUAUGUAUAUAUAGUGCGUCCACAGCCGUGCUUCCCAGUAGGCUCCUUGUAGGGGCAUCGAGCGCCUUCCUCCCCUGCCACUUCCCUGCUUCUUGUACUUGAAAUCUACCUAUACUCUGUAGUCUGUACGAUCCCCUCUUAUGUAUCUUCCUCCUUUCUAUAAACCGAGGCUCGCAUCGCGCCCCCUGUUGAUUUCCCCUGAACUCAUCUCAGCUUGUCGUGGGUGUUUUCCGGCGGCCGAUCACCACCGCCCGUGUUCUUUCGUUCUCUCCGUGUUGGCUGAUUUGGGGAAGGUGUAGAAUGCACAUUCAGGUCACGGUGAAGAGAUAUAUAAUGAAUGAAAGGAUCGUUGCUUACCGUCGAUUGUCGUAGGUUUGCCAGUGAAAUUCUACCGACAGUUGGAUGAAGGCUCGUCAUGUAGUUUGACCGCCGGUUGAUCUGCAGUCUCUUGUUUUCUUCUUCUUUCGUACCGACUUGGAAAGAAUCCGCAGCCUCGGUUUCUUUCCAAAUCCUCGGCGACAGCAAGUUCUUCUGCCAAGAGAGCUCACGAUGCAGAGGAAUCCAAGAUACUACUGCAACGCGCCGCCCGACGACGCAUAUGACUAUGGCGGGUUUGGUUAUGACUCCGGUGUUGGCGGAGGAGGCGGAGAUUUCUACAACUAUGGAGCUCCACCGCCGCCGCCGCCGCCGCCGCCUCUGGGCUACGGAGCACCUGUUUCCGGCUAUGAGUACCGCGAGUUCCCGGCUCCGCUCAACAACGUGGAGUUCAAGCCGUCGGAGACCUGCCCCAGGAACUUCGUCAUCUUCGACCAGACGUACCACCGAAGCCAGGUCAUGUUCCACCCCUCGCUCGCCAACAGGUUCGGCUCUCCGGGCUUUGAUGCCUACGGCGGAGGAGCUCCUCGUGCCGACGAGGCCGGCAAAAGCGCGUACAGGGACAAUGACGAGGAGACGGAAGACAUCGACGCGCUGCUGAGCUCGGAAGAAGGGGAGGAGGAGGACGACGACGUGGUCAGCACGGGAAGAACUCCCGGCGGCCGGGCCUGCGGAAGUUCACCGGACACUGCUUGCUCGUCGCAGUCCAAGUCCAAGAAGCAAGUUUCUGCAACUACCACCGGAGGCGGUGGUGGCGGUGGCAAAAGGGAGAAGAUGAAGAAGAUGGUGAAGACACUGAAAGGAAUCAUUCCGGGCGGCGACCGAAUGGAUACCCCUGCUGUUCUUGAUGAAGCCGUCAAGUACCUGAAAUCACUCAAAGUGGAAGUGAAGAAGCUAGGAAUCAAGCACAGUUGAGCAGAAUCAAAUUGCAUGGAAGCUUCCAUGAAUUUUGCAGGUAAACAGAAAAAUCAAUUCUUGACAUGAUAAUUGCCAGAAUUUUGAAGUUAGAGAAGUUGGAUUUGAAACAGAGAUGCAAGAUGAGGCACACACAUAUUGAUGAUGUUCAAUGUUCUGCAACAUCCAUGCUUUGCUUUAUUUCCCUUCUUUUUUGUUUUUAAUGUUCAAUGUUGCUUGUUUGAACUUUCUUUAAUUUUACUACAUAUCCUGCAAUUAAAAUGAUCCUUAGAAAACAA